GUAUCUAAUAGAAUAACAAAUUUUGAAAUUAACGCACGCAUCGCGUGCAUAUGAAGACUAGUUAUCACUAUAUUGAAAUGUUAUGGUUAUCAAAGUUUCCUAAUCUUUUUAUAGCAAGCUUCAAUGUCAAAUAGAGCAACUUAAAAACUUAUUUGGUACAAAUCCGGAAGAAUAGGCUAAUUUUAAUGGCCAUGGUAAUAAAAUAUGCUUCUAAUAGAGUAAUAGUUUCUCUUUCCCUAACCGUACAAAUUCUUUCCAUUAAAACAAUAGUACCUCUAUAACAAUAGGUAGUAAGCGAAAUGUGGGGGAGUAAUGAAUAUAGGAGAAUAUAAUGAGUUCAUUUUACACAAAACAUAUUCAUAUCCUCAUUUCUUCUUUGACUAUAUUAGCAUUAUUUGCUAUCAUUUUCCAAUCAAAAGGCUCAAAGUGUUUGUCUAAUUCAUUCUAUUUUCCAUCAUCUUCUUGGAUUUGGCCAACAAAUCAUAGUAUCAUUGAUCAUGGAGUCACAUCAUCCUUUGAUUCUUUGGCUUAUUCUCUUGCAAUUAUUCACAACUCAUCUUCUCUUGCAAAAUCAGAGGAGAAAAAGCAAAGAACAUUGAUGAAAUUACGUGACGCGAUUAAUGAAGUGUUGAAGGAUAGGAAGAAAGAUCAAAAGGUGGAAAUAAUAGAAGUAACACUUGGAAGAGCAAGGUCUUUGAUUAAAGAAGCAAUUCAAAGUAGAAAUACUUCAAAUCUUUUUGUUGAAGAUCAAGUUGAUUAUGUACCUCAUGGCAACAUAUACAAGAAUGCUUUCGCCUUUCAUCGGAGCUACUUAUUGAUGGAAAAGAUGUUCAAGAUAUAUAUUUAUGAAGAAGGGGAGCCACCCUUAUUUCAUUAUGGUCCAUGCAAAAGCAUAUACUCCAUGGAGGGCAUAUUCAUCAAUUUGUUAGAGAAGAACAAUCAAUUUAGGGCAAAAGAUCCAGAUGAAGCUCAAGUUUACUUUCUUCCAUUUAGUGUGGUAAUGAUACUUCAACAUCUUUUUGAUCCAAUCAUCCGUGAUAAGGCUGUUUUAGAGCGCACAAUUCUUGAUUACGUGAGUGUAAUAUCACACAAAUAUCCUUAUUGGAAUAGAAGUCUUGGAGCAGAUCACUUCAUGUUGUCUUGCCAUGAUUGGGGUCCACGAGCUACAUGGUACCAUCCAUUAUUAUACUUUCAUUCGAUUAGAGCAUUAUGCAACGCAAACACAUCAGAGAAUUUCAAUCCAAGAAAAGAUGCAUCAAUUCCUGAAAUCAACUUAAAAACUGGCGAAUUCGCUGCGUUACUCCAUGGAUCAUUACCCCCUUCGGAACGUACCAUCCUUGCAUUCUUCGCAGGGCGGAUGCAUGGCCGUAUUAGGCCUGCACUCCUCACUUACUGGAAAGACAAAGAUAAAGAUCUUCAAGUUUAUGAAGAGCUUCCUAAAGAAAUUUCUUACGGCGAAAUGAUGAAGAGAAGCAAGUAUUGCCUCUGUCCUAGUGGGUUUGAGGUUGCUAGCCCUCGAAUCGUGGAAGCUAUCUAUGCUGAAUGUGUGCCAGUUUUAAUCUCUCAGAACUACAUACUUCCUUUUAGUGAUGUUCUUGAUUGGAGCUCGUUUUCGGUUCAAGUUUCAGUUAGUGAAAUUCCAAAUCUUAAGAAAAUCUUAAUGGAAAUACCUUAUGAUAAGUAUUUGCAAAUGCAGGAAGGAGUGAAGCAAGUACAACGCCAUUUUGUAAUGAACGAUCCUCCUAAGAGAUUUGAUGUUUUUCAUAUGAUUAUUCACUCAAUUUGGCUUCGUAGGUUGAAUGUACGCAUUCAUAGUUCAUAGUUGAUGUGUAGUAUUAUUCAAGUUCCAAGCACUUGUGAUUGUUACUAGGUGUUAGGACUGAUACAUGUCUCAAGUGUCGGGCUUGGCUAUAUUCUAAUAAAAUAACGACCUCGACUGAAGAAUGAAGUUUCAA